AUGGAGAGGUUCACUCGGGUAUUUUGGGCAUUUGGUCCGGCUAUUAAGGGCUUCACUUUUUGUCGUCCGUUAUUGAGCAUUGACAGUACACAUCUAUAUGGCAAGUACAAAGGCGUGCUUUUUGUGGCGACCGGUGUAGAUGCAAAUGGCGGUUUAUUUCCUCUAGCAUUUGCAGUUGUGGAGGUAGAGGAUACUUCUAGUUGGAAGUGGUCCUUUGAACUUAUAUACAGGUUGAUUUCUAGUGUCCGUGCGCCCAGAUUAAUUACUUUUAUCUCAGAUAGGAUGAAAGGAAUUAUAAGGGCAUUACAUGAGGGUUUUGGUGCACCACAUCACCAUCGAUAUUGUUUGAGGCAUAUAAGAGAUAAUUUCAAGAAAAAACACGGUGAGAUUAAUUUGCAAAAUCUUUUGUGGCAAGCUGGGUGUGCAACUGAUACAUUAGUGUAUGAACAUUGUAGAGAGAAGAUCAAGUCUUUGUCAUUAGAUGCACAUAAUUGGAUUGAACAUAACUUGAAGCCUCAAUUCGAGCAUCGAUGGGCAUUAUGUAAGGAUGAGGGUGUGCGGUUUUGCAUGAUGACAACUAAUUGCUCCGAGAGCUUUAACGGCGUUCUUAAAGGAGCACGAGCUAUGCCAAUACAAUCAUUGGUUGCAAGAACGUUCUAUAGGCUAAACUCAUACUUCAACAAAAGGCGUGAGGACGGUGUAGACUGGACAACGCGUUACACACCAAAGAAUGAGUCUAUUUUGCAUAGAAGAAUUGAGGCGGCAAGAUUAUGUCAAAUUACUGUAUUCAAUGACAAUGAAUGGCAGGUACAGGAUUAUGACGGUAUCUACACCGUUAAACUGUUUGAUGUUGAUUGCACUUGCACAUGUAACAUACCACAACUUCAAAAAAUACCUUGUGCACAUGUUCUUGCGGCUUCCUCCAAUCAGCCGGGUGGUGCGAGAAUUCCAUAUAAUCGGUAUUGUUCACCAUGGUAUUCAACAAUUCAUUACCGAAAGACAUACAGUGAGAGUUUUCAUCCACCCGAUGAUAGUCGGUAUUGGCCCGAAUAUACUGGACCACGACUAAUUCCACCUCAAUACAAGAGACAAGCAGGUCGACCACGAUCUGUACGAAUUAGGGGAACCAUGGAUCAAGGACGAGAAGGAAUUGUCAAGCAUAAAAAAUGUAGUCUUUGCAAACAACCGGGACAUACUCGACCUCGUUGUCCAGCUAGACUCAAUAGAUAG